GGACAUUCUGAGCCUCCUUCUCUGAAGAGGAGAACAUUCAGAGCCUCCUUCUCUGAAGAGGAGAACAUUCACAGCCUCCUUCUCUGAAGAGGAGGACAUUCUGAGCCUCCUUCUCUGAAGAGGAGAACAUUCACAGCCUCCUUCUCUGAAGAGGAGAACAUUCACAGCCUCCUUCUCUGAAGAGGAGAACGUUCUGAGCCUCCUUCUCUGAACAUCCAGCAAGAACCGAAAAGCACUGAAACCCUCAGCUAGUUUUUGUUGACGAACAGCGAACCUGCCAGACUAAACUGAGGGCAAAGCCCCCGUGACGCGUCGCCAACCUAAACAACGGGAAAGGGUGGGGCCUAUGAGAGUCAUCCAAUCAUAGAGAAGGCGUGCUUCCGCAGAAGAGCGCCAUUGGUUGAAAGUUUGCGUUCCUGUGUUUAUUAUAUAAAGGCUCCAACCUGCUGCAGGUCCAGCCAGCCUCACCUUGCCUAACAUGUCGGUAGACAGCGUGUUCCGGACCCGGUCCCUCGGUGUCGCUGCCGAGGGGCUUCCCGAUCAGUACGCCGACGGAAAGGCGGCCAAAGUGUGGGAGCUGUACAUCGGAGACACCCAGAGCCGAACCCAGGAGUACCGGAGCUGGGUGGUUUCCCUGCUGAGGCAGCACGGCGUCCGGACGGUUCUGGAUGCGGCCUGCGGUACCGGGGUGGACUCCAUCAUGCUGGUGGAGGAGGGCUUCCAGAUGGUCAGUGUGGACGCCAGCGACAAGAUGCUGAAGUACGCUCUGAAGACCCGCUGGGACCGCAGGAAGGAGGCGGCGUUCGAUCAGUGGGUGAUCGAAGAAGCCAACUGGCUGACGUUACCUGAAGACAUCCAGAAACCUGGAGAUGGCUACGACGCAGUCAUCUGCCUCGGGAACUCCUUCGCCCACCUGCCAGACUUUAAAGGGGACCAGAGUGAUCAGAAGCUGGCUCUCCACAACAUUGCCAGUAUGGUACGACCCGGUGGGGUACUCAUCAUCGACCACCGUAACUACGACUACAUCCUGGACACUGGCCGCGCGCCGCAGGGCAAAAAUAUUUACUACAAGAGCGACCUGACCCAAGACAUCAGUACCUCGGUUCUGUGGGUCGACAGUAAGCCCCACAUGAUCACUCUGGACUACACCAUCCAGGUGCCUCAGGCCGCCCUGCGUCACCUUCCUGAUGUCAGUAAGUUCCGGCUGUCCUACUAUCCCCACCGCCUGGAGAACUUCUCUGAGCUCCUGAAGGACGCAUUCAAAGGCAAAAUGGAGCACACCGUCUAUGGAGACUUCAAGGCGUAUCGUCCAGGUCAGGCCCAGACGCCGUGCUACUUCAUCCACGUGUGUAAGAAGACGGCCUGACGGGACCGAUCUCCGACCUCUGGAUGGAGGAAGGGGUGGAUUUCAGUGGGUCAUGACAUGUUUAAGUUGACCUUUGGUUGGGCAGACAUGUUAGAGCAGCAACAGAUAAAGGUGCAUCAUCAUCUCUGGUUCUGCUGGUCUUCACGUCCUCCUCCAGCUCAUCCAUUGUCUUUAAGCUCAGCUGUUUCUCAGAUGUCUUCUGGACCGUUUCCUGCUUUUGCUUCUCCGCUGCAGAUCUUAUUGAAGCUUUUAUUGGCCUGGUUUAAGACCGGUUUAAGAAGGAUUCCUCCCCUACCAGGCCCCAAGCAGGUUAAACAGCUGGUCCAGUUAACUUCUUCCUUAAAGAUCCAAUAUGUUUUAAAUCUACUUUCCUUUCCUCUGAGAUGGUAACAGUACAAACCUUUGCACAAAGCUCUGAGCUGGGCUGAACCGACCAAAACUCAAGUUCCAGUGACCCCAUGACUGAAGCUGAUUCAUUUCCCAAAGAGCCUCUGUUCACAACCAAACUGGUCCAACACUGAGGGCAACUCAGGGAAAGUUAGUGCCAAGAUGCGUCUGGCUGGACGGACCGCCGGCCGCGAUCAAAGUCCUUGUAUGACUCGGUCUUCUGGUUGUUCUGGUGUUUAAUAAAAGGUU